AUGUCUAUCAUCAAGGAGCGGUUCAAUCAACAGCUGGAGCCAGCUCGCCCGCUAGGAACAGCACCGGGAGUAUGGCAAGGGAUCAAAGCAAUCAUCGUGAUGUCAUGGUUGAACGUCCUCUUGGUCUGUAUUCCAGUAUCUUGGGCACUCAAUUUCGCGCUUCCGCAUACGGACUCCAACGAUACCCUGAUUUUCAUAUUUUCAUUCCUCUCUAUCAUCCCACUGGCAAAGCUCCUAGCAUUCGCCACGGACGAGCUGUCAUUGCGGGUAGGACAAACGCUGGCUGGACUGCUCAACGCCACACUCGUAGGCAUCCGUUCCUGUUGUAUCGCUAUUCACCUACUGACAGUUAUCAUAGCGCUCAUCCACUGCGAGCUGCAAGUCGUCCAAUCGUCAUUGGUUGGCUCCAUCCUGAGCAAUCUGCUUCUUGUCCUCGGCAUGUGUUUCUUCGCGGGCGGUGUCAAGUUCUCGGAACAGGGGUUCGGUCAGAGCGCGGUACAGCUUAACUCGUCGCUCCUGACCGUGUCAGUCAUCGCGGUGCUCCUGCCGGCGGCGUUCCACGAGGUGGCGGGGAGUAUCAUUCCUGACGAUAAGGAAGGCCCAGACGUUCUAAGCUUCAGCAGAGGUGCCGCCGUCAUCUUGUUGUUCAUCUACGCGUCGUACCUCGUGUUCCAGCUCUUCUCGCACAAGGAGCUGUAUGAGGACAGUGCCGACCAGUUCCGGUCAACCAACUAUCCCGCCGGCCGCAACACGAUCCAGAAGCCGAAAUGGCUGCACGUCCCCGCGCGUCGACGCAGCCCCAACGCGAGCUCGGAGCCGCUGACGCCGCCCGCGGACAAGCAGAACUACGAGAUGGCAGGCAUCGCGAGCAGCCCGCGGCCUAUGCACGAGGACCCUACCACGGCGGCGAGCCCGCGCGCAAGCGAGGCGGGCAGCAUGAGCGAACACACCGGCGCGGACACGGAGGCGCAGAAGGAGGGUGAAGAGGAGGAAAUCGAGACGCCACUGUUGAGUGUGCCGAUGACGAUUGGCCUCCUAGUUGUUGUGACGGUGCUCGUUGCGGUCACGGCGGAGUGGCUCGUUGACUCGAUUGACGGCCUGACGGACGGUGGAAAGAUCGGGAAGGAAUGGGUUGGUCUCAUCUUGUUGCCUAUCGUGGGUAACGCGGCGGAGCACGUCACGGCGGUGACAGUCUCGGUCAAGGACAAGCUGACGCUGAGUUUGGGUGUGGCGGUUGGCUCGAGUAUCCAAAUCGCGCUUUUCGUUAUCCCGUUCACCGUCAUACUGUCAUGGAUCAUGGGCAAGCCCUUGACGAUGCUCUUCGACCCCUUUGAGAGCAUUGUGCUCUUCCUCUCGGUCCUCGUUGUCAACUACACGGUCCAGGACGGAAAGAGCAACUGGCUCGAAGGCAUGAUCCUCAUGUGCCUAUACCUCAUCAUCGCCGUCACGUUCUGGUAUUAUCCUGGUAAGUCCGACCGCCAACAAUUCUACGUUGUAUCAGACGUUUACCGGUGA